AUGUUACUCAUUUAAUUCCAUCAUAAACAGAAUUCAUUUACUUCAGUAUUUUAACCAACUAUACAAUAUAUCAAAAAUAUAUCCAUCUAUGUACUAAAUUUAGAUCAUUAAAAAUUUUUGCUAAUUAUUUUCUCUCUCUAAAAAUCAAACACUUUCAAUCCAUAANAUCUCUGGUCUUGUGGUGUAAUUUUAUAUAUACUUCUAUGUGGGUAAUAUAAAUAUAUAUAUUAUUAAGUUAUCCUCCAUUUGAUAGUAAAACUGAAGAUAAAAUAAUGGAAAAGAUUUCUUAAGGAGUUUAUUCUUUUGAUUCUUAAGAAUGGGAAGAUGUUUCUAUAGAAGCUAAAAAUUACAUUAGAAAGCUGUUAGAAUUGGAUCCAAGUAGUUCAGUGUUAUAGAUUCUUAGGCAAAAGGUUAAAUGCUCAAUAAGCCUUAUCAGAUCCUUGGAUUAAGAAGUUUAAUAAUCCUCUUGAAAUUGAUAAACCAUUAAUGACAAAAGUAUUAAAAAAUUUGAAGAAAUUUACAACUCAAUAAAAAUUGCAAGAAUCUAUUGUUAAAUUUAUUGUGAAUCAAUUAGCUACAAAAUAGGAAAAGACAGAAUUACUAAAAACUUUUUAAUAUCUUGAUACCAAUCAAGAUGGUAAAUUAAGUAAAGAGGAAUUAUUGACAGGAUACUCUAAGAUUAUGAAACCAGUUGAAGCAGUAGAAGAAGUCAAUCGUAUUUUUUUAUAAGUUGAUAAAAAUAAUUCUGGUUCAAUAGAUUAUACUGGUACUUAUGGUGAUAAUUUAUAUGAGUAGAGUUUGUUAUUGCCACUAUUGAUAGAUAAUAAUUAUUAUCUAAAUAAAGGUUAUAGAUGACAUUUAGAAUGCUUGAUAAAGUAAAAUAUUAUAUAAUAUAGGAUAAAAGUGGUUCGAUUAGUGUAGAUGAAUUGAAAGAAAUAUUUAAUGGUAUCUCAGAAGAUAUGUGGAAAUAAGUGGUACAAGAUUUUGAUUCCAAUUCUGAUGGACAAAUUUCAUUAAAUGAAUUUUUCACAAUGAUGAAAAAGGAAGAAUGA